AUGACAGCACUACAGCCUCGCGACGGCUUCAAACUAUUCUACUAUGAUCCAUCCCUUGCAGCAGCAGUAAUUUUCAUAAUCUGUUUUCUGGCAACGACAAUAUUACACACGUACCAGCUUUUUCGAACGCGAACGUGGUUCUUCAUACCGUUCCUGUUAGGUGGUUACUUUGAAUGGAUAGGAUACGUUGCACGUGCCGUGGCCUGUAACCAAACGCCCAACUGGACACUGGGCCCGUACAUUGUACAAGCCGUGCUGACACUGGUGGCACCAGCCUUGUUCGCGGCGAGCAUCUACAUGGAACUGGGCAGAAUGAUCGUCGUCCUUGGUGCAGAAAAGCACAGCAUGAUCCGCGUCAAAUGGAUGACCAAGAUCUUCGUUGCGGGAGACGUCCUGUCAUUCCUCAUGCAAUCCGCAGGAGCUGGACUAAUGGGCGUGAAAUCCAAAAUCUCCGAGAAUGGCCCACACAUUAUCGUUGGCGGUCUUGUUGUCCAAAUCAUCUUCUUUGGCUUCUUCAUGAUCUCAUCCGCGGUAUUUCAUAUGCGUAUUAACCGUGAUCCCGUCGCGGAUGGUGCGUCUGGCUUCAACUGGCGACGACUACUUUAUGCCCUCUAUGCUGCCAGUGCCCUGAUUCUGAUUCGUUCCGUCUUCCGUCUUAUUGAGUACGCGCAGGGGAAUGGGGGGUAUCUGGUCGCGCAUGAGUGGUUCAUGUACGUGUUCGAUGCGUUGUUAAUGUUCGGGACGAUGUUGAUCUUCCAUGUGGAGCAUCCCAGUGAGCUAAACGCGUGGUUGAGCGGCAGUGGCGUUGUCUUUUGGCCGACCACUACUAGUCUUGUGUUCAAGCUUGUAGAUAUUGAUCAUGACGUGCCACGCCACCUCAUACAUCUAGGUAAUGUGGUUGACAUCAACGACCUGGGUAGUUUUAUCGUUAACCCCAUUGGACUAGUUCCACACAAUUUGCUGGCCAUAGAGCCUAAAACCCGGCACCUGAAUUCCUACUUCAAGAGAUGGCCCACGGAGGCACUGAUCCACGACACCUUCGUUGGGUUGCUAGAGUCGGGCGAAGUUCGCGUCAAUCGGAUUUAUGAAAUCCACACCCUGAAGAUAACUAGCUUCGUGCCAAGUUCUUCCAUCCUUGCUCCACUCAAUGAACAACCCAGCGUUAUCAAGGCAAUUGAGCAAAGCCGAUCUCGGUGUGUCUAUGUCAUAACUGGGGUGGCGGAGGUAACUGGCAUAAGUGCUCAUGUCUCGGACUGUCGGCUCAGGGGGUAUGACCCCACUAUCAGGACCUCUCUGGUUAUCCUCGAUGCAGGACGUUACACUACAGAGUACGUUUGCCGCUCGUUCUGCGAGGCUGAUCCAAUUGCUGUUGGGUAUAGCCUACACUGUCUGAGGCUGGAGGAGUGUCGGGUUAUUGCGGAACCAGUCACGGCUUCAUCUUUUCCCAAGAAGAUGGAUUUCUUUGAAAUUGUGUAG